GACCACUUAGACUGGGGCGCAAUUCUUGGCCUGGGGUCUCUGAAGCUGGAUCUUGUGGUCCUCGAUUUCGUGGAGUUGACACAAGAUCAGAGCCUGCACUUUGCCGACGCCGUUCAAGAAGGCAGAAAUGACGAAGUGCAAGAGCUACUGCUCAUGCCAGCGGAUCCCAACAUUGACUGCGUUACUGCCUUCAACGAUCCACCGCUUCUGUGGCUAGCGGCCUCCCGAUGCCUUCUAGAAACAGCUGGACUUUUGCUGGAGGCAAGAGCCAACGUGAAUGCCGGCGAUCCGUUCAAGUGCACGCCGCUGUGUGCGGCUGUGACAUACCACGGGGACUGGGACAUGAUACAGCUGCUGAUCAAAGCCGAUGCUGAUAUUCUUCUUGCCGAUGAUUUCGGCCGCACUGCCCUGUGGUGCGCCGCAAAUCAUGGCCGGAGUUCACGCAAACGAGGGGCCCUGAUAGCAGGGCAUUAG